AUGGCCCCAGGGGUCACAGUCCUGGUUGUCCUCUUCCUGCACGUCAAGGACCUGCCUGCCUGGGCUGCCGACACCUGUCCAGAGCACGGGCAGGGGCCUGCAGUCGGGCAGGUAGAUGGUGUGCCAGCCACUCAGGAGGUGGCCCUGGCUAAGCAGCUCCCGACAGGCCCGCGGACCUGUCGGGAGCUGCUCAGCCAGGGCCACCUCCUGAGUGGCUGGCACACCAUCUACCUGCCCGACUGCAGGCCCCUGCCCGUGCUCUGCGACAUGGACACAGACGGAGGGGGCUGGACCGUUUUCCAGCGGAGGGUGGACGGCUCCGUGGACUUCCAUCGGGACUGGGCCUCGUACAAGCGGGGCUUCGGCAGUCAGCUGGGGGAGUUCUGGCUGGGGAACGACAACAUCCACAGCCUGACCGCCCAGGGUAGCAAGAACCUCGAGCUCCGUGUGGACCUUGUGGACUUCGAGGGCACCCGCCACUCUGCCAAGUACGGCUCGUUCCAGGUGGCGGGCGAGGCGGACAAGUACAAGCUGGCCCUGGGCACAUUUGUCGAGGGCAACGCAGGUGACUCUCUGACAUUCCACAACAACAAUUUCUUCUCCACCAAACACAAGGACAACGACCUGAGCUCUUCCAGCUGCUCUGUGCUGUACCAGGGGGCCUGGUGGUACUCCGAAUGCCACAAGUCUAACCUGAACGGUCACUACCUCCGGGGGCCGCACGAGAGCUAUGCCAGUGGCAUCAACUGGAAGAUGGGCAGAGGCUACAACUACAGCUACAAGGUGUCGGAGAUGAAGGUGCGGCUCACCUAG